AUGCACGCAAAACGAAGUGAGGAGGGAUGCAUCUCUGUAGAUGAUAUUCUAGAGACGUUUGAUUGCUCGUUGGAAGAGAUUGUGGAGGUGUAUGUGGAUUACGACGCCAUGCCCGUCCCGCCCAAGGGACUGCCUCGAGGAACACACAUGUUGCAUGUGGUAUCGCACCACGGGUUGAUAGGUUUGGUGUGUGCCUUGCUUCGGCAGGCUGGGACGGAUGUCGAAGUAAAGGAUUGGUUAGGCGACACGCCGUUGCAUGUUGCUGCGGAGCAGGGGCAACUGGCCGUGGUUGAGCUGUUGGUGAAGAAAGGCGCCAAUAUUGAGGCUGUUGGAAAGUACGGUCGAACACCGUUAUUCUUCGCUGUUUGUGGUGGGAACACAACCAUGGUUGAGCUGUUAUUAAAGAAAGGCGCUAAUAUUGGUGCUGUUGAAGAGUACGGUCGAACACCGUUAUUCUUUGCUGUCCAGACGAGACAUACGGCCAUGGUUGAGCUAUUAUUAAAGAAAGGCGCUAAUGUUAAUGCUAUUGAAGAGUACGGUCAAACACCGUUAUUCUUUGCUGUCCAGAAGAGACACACGGCCAUGGUUGAGCUGUUAUUGAAGAAAGGCGCUGAUGUUGAUGCUGUUGAAAAGUAUGGUCGAACACCGUUAUUCUUUGCUGUUGCUGAGGCAAGCACGACCAUGGUUGAGCUGUUGUUGAAGAACGGCGCUGAUGUUGAUGCUGUUGACGAGUACGGUCGAACACCGUUAUUCUUCGCUGUCCAGAAGAACCACACGGCCAUGGUUGAGCUGUUGUUGAAGAAAGGCGCUGAUGUUGAUGCUGUUGAAAAGUAUGGUCGAACACCGUUAUUCUUCGCUGUUGGUGACGCAAGCACAACCAUGGUUAAGCUGUUAUUGAAGAACGGCGCUGAUGUUAAUGCUGUUGACGAGUACGGUCUAACACCGUUAUUCCUCGCUGUUGGUGACGAAAACACGACCAUGGUUGAGCUGUUAUUGAAGAAAGGCGCUGAUGUUAAUGCUGUUAACAAGGAUGGUCUAACAGCGUUAUUCUUCGCUGUUGGUGACGAAAACACGACCAUGGUUGAGCUGUUGUUGAAGAACGGCGCUGAUGUUGAUGCUGUUUCAGAGUCAGAGUAUGGUCCAACACCAUUAUCCUUGGCUAUCCGUGAGAAAAACAUGGGCAUGGUUGACCUGCUGCUCAAGAGAGGCGCCAAGAUUGACGGUGUUGAGAAGAAAUAUGAGACGCCGCUACUGCUAGAGAAGGGUGCCGAUGCUCAUGCUAGUGGAGUGGGUGGUCGAACACCAUUACAUGUUGCUGCUAUCUUCGGGUCUAAUAAAGAUCAGAAAACCAUGACGGCUCUGGUUCAGCUGCUACUUGAGAAUGGCGCCGACAUUGACACCACCGACUACAACGCUGCAACGCCGUUACAUUUUGCUGUUCAGAACAGAAUGCUGAGUCUUGUUAAGCUGUUAGUAGAGCAAGGCGCUAAUAACAAUUAUGUAGGUUCUGUGCACUUCGCAGGACGGCCCUUGUCGCCGUUAAAUCUUGCCAACGAUCGGAGAGAAAAGGCCAUAAUUCAGGUGCUCCUUAGGAAUGGCGCCCGAGUCAGCACCAUUGCAGAGAGGCAAGCGUACGACGAUUGGUUCCAUAGCGGGGUGAGGCAACGAUUGUCUGAAGAAGAAAUAAUGUUUACUAGAACUAUUAAUGGAAUAUCUUAA